GGCGUUCUCGCGAGAGCUGAUGUCUCACCAGCACCGGCGGAAGUAGAAUCAACCUCUCUUUCCGGGCGGCCAUAGCCGAGGCAGCAGCGGUCAAAAUGAAGUUCAAUCCGUUUGUGACCUCAGACCGCAGCAAGAACCGCAAAAGGCACUUCAAUGCGCCAUCUCACAUUCGCAGGAAGAUCAUGUCUUCUCCCCUUUCCAAGGAGUUGAGGCAGAAAUACAAUGUCCGUUCUAUGCCCAUCCGAAAGGAUGACGAAGUCCAAGUCGUUCGGGGUCAUUACAAAGGGCAACAGAUCGGCAAGGUAGUCCAGGUAUACAGAAAGAAGUAUGUCAUCUACAUUGAACGCGUACAGCGUGAGAAAGCCAAUGGCACAACUGUACACGUUGGCAUUCACCCUAGCAAGGUGGUGAUUACAAAACUAAAGCUGGACAAGGAUCGUAAGAAAAUAUUGGAACGUAAAGCAAAGUCUCGCCAAGUUGGCAAAGAGAAAGGAAAGUACAAGGAGGAAACAAUUGAGAAGAUGCAAGAGUAAAAUGGACUCAUUUGUGAAACCCAUUAAAGUUUCGAUAAAAUCUAA